UUUCAUCAAACAUUUAAGACGUCAAAUUGUUAACUUGAUAAAAUUUUAGAAAGACGGUCUAUUUGCUACAGUUUCUGUUUUCAAUAAUUUUUGAGAAAAAUAUAAAGUACACCAUUAAUAUUGUACCAAAGAACAGUUGCAAUAACUUUAAUUACGACAAUAACUUAGUUUCAUGUAUCAAAUUUAGUAACAUUUGGCAAACAACCCUUACAGUACAACGGCAACUCUGUUUCAUUUCAACAAGCCGACUCCAUCAUCAACAUUCUCGAAUAUUUUCUCCAAUGCAAACAUUGAUUUUGUGCGGCUAAUUGUUAUUUUGUGAUAAGAGCAAAAGAAUAGCAACAACACGCUUUUUUAAUUAGUUACCAAAUUGAAUUGACUUCAAAAUGUCUUUUGUGGAAUGCAUUAAAGCGACGCUUAUAUUUAUUAUCGGUGUGCUGGUGUGUGAGUGUGCAGUUAGCACCAAUGAAUACAUGAAGAGGGAACACUCAUUAGUUAGACCAUUCCAAGGUGUUGGAGUUAAUCUAGCCAAUUGGGACUUCCUCGGACACACUGUGGUGACAAGCAACUACAUACGGCUCACACCCGAUUUACAAUCAAAAAGUGGUGCGCUAUGGAACUAUUCGCCAUGUUUGACCAAAAAUUGGGAAGUUCAUGUAACCUUCAAGGUACAUGGCAAGGGCACAGCUUUUGGUGAUGGUUUUGCUAUUUGGUAUACUAAGGAACGUAUGCAACCGGGUCCAGUUUUUGGCAGUAAAGAUCACUUUUCUGGUCUAGCUGUUAUAUUGGAUACCUACAGCAAUCACAAUGGUCCUCACAAUCAUCAACAUCCCUACUUGAGCGCAAUGGUAAACAAUGGCACAUGGAGUUACGAUCAUGACCGUGACGGUACUCAUACACAAUUAGCCGGUUGCGAAGUGCGUUUCCGUAAUGUUAAUUUUGAUACACAUGUGGCGAUCCGUUACGAAAACGAUAUUUUAUCGGUAUCGACAGAUCUUGAAAAUCGCAACGAAUGGAAAAAUUGCUUCGUUGUUAACAAUGUUGAAUUACCAACAGGUUACUUCUUUGGUCUUUCAGCAACAACAGGCGAUUUGUCAGACAAUCAUGAUAUUUUGAGUUUUAAAUUCUACGAUUUGGACACAGAUGUUACGCCCGAUCAAAUUAUAGCCCGUGCCAACAUAAUUCCCAAUGCCAAAACAUUCGAGCCACCACGUGAGCAUAAAGAUGACCCCAAACCCAGCAUGUCAAAUACCAAGAUCUUCUUCAUUUUACUCUUCGGAAUGUUGGCAGCUGUAGCUGUGGCUAUUUUUGCCAUUUCCUAUUUCAAAGAGAAAAAUGCCCGUAAACGCUUUUAUUAGUUAAUAGCAUUUUUUCUUUAGAUAUUGAAGUCUUCGGCCGAUCGACCUCCACCAAACACGACAUCUUUUUGAGAGAAAAAGACAUGAAUAUAUUUUAAAUAGCAACAAAUUAAGGUUUUAUAGUUUUUAAUAUCAGUCAUUUUCUAACUAAAAUAUUUUUUCGAUGUAUUUUAUAUACCUACCGUGGUUAUAGUUGAUUUCAUUUAAUUAUUUAUUCGAGCAAUUAGUAUUUUCAAAUAUUUAAAUUAGGUAUAAUUUCGCGUAUAUAUACCCUACUCUGGCCCUCUCUAUAUUCAUUUCUCAGUAGGUAUUUGUGUUGAAAAAUUAUUAAUUUGCAAUUUUUCCAAUGUGAUAUUACAUCACAAAAAUUUGUAUAGCAAAAUGUUAAGAGUGUUAAA